AUGAGACAAGUGGGCCGCAACCUCAUCAUCCCCGGGGGAACCCGCACCAUCGACGCAACCGGGAAACUGGUGAUUCCGGGAGGAAUUGAUCCCCACACCCACUUCGAGUUGGAAAUGAUGGGUGCCAAGGCUGCUGACGACUUCUACAAGGGGACCAGAGCGGCGGUAGCUGGAGGAACUACUACUGUUCUUGACUUCGUUCUACCUCAGAAGGGACAGUCUCUUGUGGAAGCUUACAACAACUGGAGACAGAAGGCUGACGGCAAGGUAUGCUGCGACUACGGUCUCCACGUGGGCGUGACCUGGUGGUCUCCCUCCGUGAAGAAGGAAAUGGAGAAGCUGACCUCCGAGGAGUACGGAGUGAACUCUUUCAAGAUGUUCAUGGCGUAUAAGGACGCGUGGAUGCUGGACGAUUAUGACCUUUCUUGCGCCAUGGAAACGUGCACUGAACUAAGGGCUUUGGCUCAGGUUCACGCCGAAAACGGCCACAUCAUCGCCCGGAACACCGAGAAACUUCUAGAGGCGGGAGUGACCGGCCCUCACGGCCACCAGCUGUCCCGCGAUGAGGAGGUGGAGGCUGAGGCCGUCAACCGCGCCUGUGUCAUCGCCAACCAGGCGAACUCCCCGCUGUACAUUGUCCACAUGAUGUCCAAGAGCGCAGUCCAAGCCUUGGAGAAUGCGCGCGCGCGCCAGAAGCCGCCAGUGUAUGGAGAAACUCUGGCUGCUACCGUUGGAACUGAUGGUACCCACUACCGCAACUCGUGCUUCCGUCACGCGGCCGCGCACGUUCUUUCUCCGCCGCUGCGGCCGGAUCCUUCUACCCCCCAGGCCAUGUGCGAGGCGCUGGCCGAUGACCGCCUGCAGUUGAUCGGCAGCGACAACUGUACCUUCCAUGAGAAAGACAAGGAAAUUGGCAAGAACAACUUCUCGAAGAUUCCCAAUGGAGUCAACGGGGUUGAGGACCGCAUGGCCAUCUUGUGGCAGAAGGCUGUUAACACUGGCAUUAUGGACCCGUGCCGCUUCGUAGCUGUCACCAGCUCGAACGCAGCGAAGAUAUUCAAUCUAUGGCCGGCGAAGGGCCGCGUGGCCGCCAACAGCGACGCGGAUAUCGUGGUGUGGGACCCGCGCCUCGAACGCACCAUCUCUGCUGCCGCCCACCGGCAUGCCGUGGACUUUAAUAUCUUCGAGGGCCAGCACGUGGUGGGCAGCCCUCAGUACGUGAUUGUCAACGGGCGAGUGUGCCUCGAUGACGGGGACCUCCGGGUGGCUGAGGGGUCCGGCCGCUUCCUCAAGACGCCCGUCAACAGCCCCUACAUCUACGGCGCCGGCUCGCUCCGCUCGGCGCCCGCUUCUCCGCAGCAGGAGGCGGCUAACGGGACCAACGGGAACUCCACGCCUACCCACCACGAGCUGACGCUGGUAAACAAGCAGCUGGAAGCCAUGUCUGUGUCAUCGGGCUGCAGCACGCCCACCGGCCGCAAGAUGCGCGAGCUCGGCCAGCGAGACNGAGGAGCUACUGACCUGGUAGACCUGCUAACCAUUAGUACAGCAUCUGGAGAGAGAGAUCACACCAUAGCAACACUGAGGAGCUACGGGAGCUGGGAUAGACAUCUGAUCUCCACUGCAGGAGCAAUAUUCUUUCUAGAGGCCUGCAUCAUCGCUGACCAGAUGGCGGGAGUGACCGGCCCUCACGGCCACCAGCUGUCCCGCGACGAGGAGGUGGAGGCCGAGGCCGUCAACCGCGCCUGCGUCAUCGCCAACCAGGCGAACUCCCCGCUGUACAUAGUCCACAUGAUGUCCAAGAGCGCUGUGCAAGCCUUGGAGAAUGCGCGCGCGCGUCAGAAGCCGCCUGUUUAUGGAGAAACUCUGGCUGCUACCGUUGGGACUGAUGGUACCCACUACCGCAACUCGUGCUUCCGUCACGCGGCCGCGCACGUUCUUUCUCCGCCGCUGCGGCCGGAUCCUUCUACCCCCCAGGCCAUGUGCGAGGCGUUGGCCGAUGACCGCCUGCAGUUGAUCGGCAGUGACAACUGUACCUUCCAUGAGAAAGACAAGGAGAUCGGCAAGAACAACUUCUCGAAGAUUCCCAAUGGAGUCAACGGGGUUGAGGACCGCAUGGCCAUCUUGUGGCAGAAGGCUGUUAACACUGGAAUUAUGGACCCGUGCCGCUUCGUAGCCGUCACCAGCUCCAACGCAGCCAAGAUAUUCAACCUAUGGCCGGCGAAGGGCCGCGUGGCCGCCAACAGUGACGCGGAUAUCGUGGUGUGGGACCCGCGGCUUGAGCGCACCAUCUCUGCUGCCGCUCACCGGCAUGCCGUGGACUUUAAUAUCUUCGAGGUAAGGACCAAUUUAGCACGGCGAAGGAGGACUCUCGCAGCCAAAAUCUUCAACCUCUGGCCGGCGAAGGGCCGCGUGGCCGCCAACAGCGACGCGGAUAUCGUGGUGUGGGACCCGCGCCUCGAGCGCACCAUCUCUGCUGCCGCGCACCGGCAUGCCGUGGACUUUAAUAUCUUCGAGGGUCAACACGUGGUGGGCAGCCCUCAGUACGUGAUCGUCAACGGGCGAGUGUGCCUCGAUGACGGGGACCUCCGAGUAGCUGAGGGGUCCGGGCGCUUCCUCAAGACGCCCGUCAACAGCCCCUACAUCUACGGCGCCGGCUCCCUCCGCUCGGCGCCCGCUUCCCCGCAGCAGGAGGCGGCUAACGGGACCAACGGGAACUCCACGCCUACCCACCACGAGCUGACGCUGGUAAACAAGCAGCUGGAAGCCAUGUCUGUGUCAUCGGGCUGCAGCACGCCCACCGGCCGCAAGAUGCGCGAGCUCGGCCAGCGCGACCUGCAGAGCUCCACCUUCUCCAUCAGCAAAGAGGUAGAGGGCCUUGACACCAAGACUUCGGUCCGCGUACGGAACCCGCCAGGCGGUAAGUCUUCCGGACUCUGGUAAUCCGCUUCUAACCAGACAGCGGGCAAGCUUGCAUCGCGUUGGCAGAAUCUGCUUGUGGAAACUAUGUAUGUAUAGGCACAAUUCGUUUGUAGUUUUCGUAUCGGAUUUGAUAGUUAAUUUAUUUUGAUGAAUUUAUUCAUCUUUGGCAACAUUUGGGA